AAUUUCACUUUCACAUUCCAGUUGCCUCAAAAUCAUGGCUUCCCCAACACUGAUAACCCCAUCUACUUCCAAAUCUCAGCCUCUCAUCAUCCCUCUCAAACCCAAAUCCUCCAUUUCCGCCGCUGCAACAACCACCACCCACCAUUACUCCCGCCGCCGCGAGUUCCUGUCUUUGACGGCCUCUGUUCUAGCGCCGUCGUGGGUUCUGUUCCCUCCAGCUCCGGCACUAGCGUCGUCUGACGAGGAGUACGUGAAGGACACAACCGAGGUGAUAGGCAAGGUGAGAACGACGAUCACCAUGGAUAAAAACGACCCGAAUGUGGCGGCGGCGGUGGCGGAGCUUCGAGAAAGUUCCAAUUCUUGGGUGGCUAAGUACAGGAAGGAGAAAUCCCUGUUGGGACGAGCUUCGUUUAGGGAUAUGUAUUCGGCUCUGAAUGCGGUUUCCGGGCAUUACAUUAGCUUUGGGCCGACGGCGCCGAUUCCGGCCAAGAGGAAGGCCAGGAUCUUGGAAGAGAUGGCCACCGCCGAGAAGGCUCUGUUAAGAGGGAGAUGAAAAAUCAUGCGAGGGAUCUUUCAUCAUUUUUUUUUUCCCCUAAAAUUCGGUAAUAAUAAUAUUUAAUAUUUGAAUUUAA